GAUCCCCUCGUCCCCAUGGCGGCCGCGACGGCGACGGCGACGGCGGCGGAGGAGGAGGCGCGGCUGCUGCGGCUGGAGGAGCAGGCGGAGCACGGCGGCGGCGGCGCCUGGGAGUACCUCUCCCUCGCCCGCAGGCUCCGCGCGCGCCGCCCCGCCCCCGUCCUCCGCCUCGGCCUCGCCCUCCUCAACGACGCCUCCGCCCGCUCCCGCCUCGCCGCUGAACAGUGGACGCUCUACGAGCAGGUGGCGGUGGCAGCCAUGGACUGCCAGCGUCUUGACGUAGCAAAGGAUUGUAUCGGAGUCCUCUCCAAGCAGUUUCCUGGCAGCGUGCGCGUUAGCCGCCUAGAAGCUCUGCUGUUUGAGGCAAAGGGUGAUUGGGCAGAAGCUGAAAGAGCAUAUGCACUUAUCCUGGAAAACAACCCAUUUGAUCAGAUUGUCCACAAGAGGAAAAUUGCUAUUGCAAAAGCACAAGGUGACAUGUCUUUAGCUGUCGACUAUCUGAACAAAUAUUUGGAAUUAUUCAUGGCGGAUCAUGAUGCCUGGAGAGAACUUGCUGAAAUCUACGUUUCCUUACAAAUGUACAAACAAGCUGCCUUUUGUUACGAGGAGCUGAUAUUGGCACAACCAACAAUUCCACUUUAUCAUCUAGCUUAUGCUGAGGUUUUGUACACUCUGGGUGGCUUGGAAAACCUUCAAACAGCUAAAAAGUACUAUGCAUCAACGAUCCAGUUGACUGGAGGCAAGAACACCAGAGCUCUCUUCGGCGUGUGCCUGUGUAGCGCGGCGAUCAGCCAGCUGACCAAAGGGAGGAACAAGGAGGAAGACAGCUCAGAGCUGCAGAGCUUGGCGGCAGAGGCACUACUGAAGGCCUACAAGCAACACGCAUCGUCCAAGGAGGCGCUCGUCGCGGGUAUGCUGAAGAACAUGAAGCUCUCCUGAUCCCUCCUAUUGGCUUGCAAAAGGCUUUAGCUUUAGCCUGUGGUAAGCUAGCUAGCUAGGGAUGGAGCGAGCAGCACGGUUUUGGAGACGGUACCGACCAGCAGUGUAAAACUUGACUUAUGCAAACUUACUACCACAUAUUCGUUUUUUGGAUUCGUUGUGCUUACCAUAUAGCAAUAAGGAGACACUGUACUAUUGUAAUUUUGAAUAUAGACCAAAACUUUUUGAUCUUUUUGAGUAA